UUAUUUGAGCUGGGGAUUCUGUAGCUUGCUAGCUUCUCGGCAUCUGCUGCCAUGGACUGUGUGCCCUGUCCUUUCUGCCUCCAUCAACUUUUCUCUUGGGACGGGAAUCUGGAUUAGCAAAGCCGCGGAGCUUGUGUGUUGGAAUGAAAACCAUAAUGCACUCUGCCAUUCUACAUCCGGAUGCACUCCAUCUUCCCUCUCCGAUUCGGCGUUCUUUCAUGGCUUCUGCCGAUCCUGGCGCUCCCGUACUUCUUCCCACCUUCUUGUGCCGUCCUUGCCGCACGCUGCCCCUGUAAGCAUCGGGCCUCAGUCUAGGCUCAGCUUCCAAUCUUCCGCAUGCGGGAGGCUCUCGAUUCGACUCGCAGGGCUGGCUCAAGUGAAACCCACUUUCGCUCCAGCCUCGUUUCGGCCAAUGGCUGCCUUCUCAUCCCGUGCUGCGAAGUCUUUAAAUGGAGGUGCUGCUUGUAGAGCUACAGAUCGGAAUGGCAACUUUCUGGAACAGGGACGCGAAUUUGAGGGUGUUUCCUCUGUUGCUCCGAGGAGUGUAGAAUUUCUGAAGUCCACAGUUUCGCAUGGAAGUAAUUUUGUGCGUGACAAUGUGGGAAGCAUAGAUGUGAUCGUAGGUCCCAUGUUCGCCGGAAAAACCACAGCUCUCUUACAACGCGUUCGCAAGGAAGUUGAUGCUGGCAGGAAGGCAAGUUUAGUGAAAUCGGACAAAGAUAAUAGAUACGCUGUUUCAGCGGUUGUCUCACACGACGGGAUUCAAAUGCCAUGCGUGGCCGUCCCAAAUCUUGCAAAGUUUAGGGAGCGUGUUGGGGAAGAGGCAUACAAACAGAUAGAGGUUAUUGGAAUCGACGAGGCACAGUUUUUCGAUGAUCUGCUAGAGUUUUGUCAAAGUGCUGCCGACGUUGACCACAAAACAAUUAUCGUUGCUGGACUUGAUGGUGACUUUCUGAGACGCAGAUUUGGGUUUGUACUGGAUCUUAUACCUUUGGCAGACUCGGUGACGAAGCUUCACGCACGUUGUGAGCUCUGCAAUCAACCUGCUCCAUUCACCUUCCGCAAGACUGUCGACACCGAGACUGAGGUUAUAGGAGGCGUGGAUGUCUACAUGCCAGUAUGUCGACAACAUUUUUUUAGUGGAAAAAAUGCUGUCGAAAUUGCUCGCAGUGUGCUACAGAUCCAUCACGAUCCUAGACAAUCAACACCAACUGCAGCUAACGAUUUGGAAGCUAAAUCCUUGCAGACCACCAACUCCAGAGCAGUAUAGUGCAUCUAGCUUCCGCUUACUCUAGAAGUGGUUUGCUGCUGAUCAGGAUGCAACAUGGGACAGCCUGAGGCUGACAAUUGAGACUACAUAUUCCACCGUGUCCUGAAUGAAAUUUGAGUCUUACAGAAAGGUUGGUAAACCUGCCUUGGACGAGGAGAGAAGAAUGUUCGGAUUACAGCUGAAAAUCUGGCACGCACUGUAUCUCUGCAGGAAAAUCUCAGGUUUGAACUCAUAUUAACUUUCUUCAAGGUUGUGCUGUGAGGUUGCAGGGAAACAGUGACUUGUUCAGGUUCUUCAAACAUUGUCUUAUUUUGGGGGAAAGUAAAGCAAACUGGGUGUGAUAGUGAAUUAAAAGAAAUUUGGAACCUUGGAGAGCCAUGUUAGGAAUGCACUGGUGAACCUUCGACUCAUUCUUGCCAAUGUGGUUGGAUGUAUUUGUUUGUACAUGAAUGUUUUUUACUAAAUAAUUUUGGAACAGCUUCAAACCAAGUUUUGCAUGUGAAACAAGGUUUUGUGUGUACGUUUGUGUGUGUUUUUUUCUUCUUUUAUUUAAAUUAUUAAUUUAUUUAGGUUUUGUUUAAAAUAUCAUUUUAGAACCUUACAAUAUUUUGAUGAGUGUAGAUGGGAGCAAUACAUACUUUUAGAAUUUGACACAUAAUCUGUCUAUUUGUAAAUCUUCUUAAACUAAAUAUGUAUUGUUUUGUAUU